AUGGCCACCGAGAUGGAAGAGUUGCUGGAUUUUCUAUCUUCUCCAUCUCCUCCAUUGAAGAAGGCAGCUGUUGAUAUUAUUCGGGGAUUAACCGGGUCUGAUGAUGGCCUGCAGUCGCUUUCCAAGUAUGCCAAGAUGGCGUUGCCACCACUGUCUCGGCUUUUGAGUGAAAAUAAGGAGGUUUCAGAACCUGCAGCUGAAGCACUUGUAAAUCUAUCCCAGAAUUCUCAAUUAGCUGUGAAGAUGGUUCAAAUGGGUAUGAUUAAAACGGUUAUGGAUUUGUUAUAUAAGCCAGACUCAAGUAUUACACGAUUGCUGGUUAUGCUUUUAGUGAAUCUCACACAGUUGGAUGAUGGCAUCUCUUCCUUGCUUCAGACUGACGAUGAGCGGAUUCAAGGAUUGUAUCUUAUGAAGCUUGUAAGAUCUUUCUGUAGAUCCUCCGGUGAAACUAGUGAUGAUCCAUUUGAACAUGUUGGUUCCAUACUGGUAAAUAUUUCGAAGAAAGAAGCAGGAAGGAAGAUUUUAUUGGACCAAAAUCGAGGACUGCUAAAGCAGAUUAUUAGACAAUUUGAUUCAACUAGUCCGUUGCGAAAGAAAGGGGUUUCUGGAACAAUUCGGAACUGUUGUUUUGAAGCUGAGCAUCAGUUGCAGAAUCUGCUUCUGAUUUCUGAGUUUCUUUGGCCAGCUCUACUACUUCCAGUUGCUGGCAACAAAAUAUAUAGCGAAGAAGACAUAUCGAAAAUGCCACUUGAACUUGGAAGUGCUCUAAGGAUUGAGCGUGAACCAGUUGAUGAUCCUGAAAUUCGUGUUCAAGCACUGGAAUCUAUUUACCUUCUCACAUUGCAGGAGGCAGGCCGGAGAGCCUUUUGGUCUUUAAAUGGACCAAGAAUAUUACAAGUUGGCUAUGAGGAUGAGGAAAAUCCAAAAGUUAUGGAAGCAUAUGAACAAGCUGGCUCCUUGGGGAAGGUCACUUUUCAGAUGAAUGAGGCGUUAUGUAGGGAGUACACUGAGGUGGAAGUGAAGGACGCUUUGCAACAAAUGCAUCCUUCAAAAGCUCCGCGACCGGAUGGUUCUUUCCCUUCAACCCUGAAUCACACCUUUAUUACUUUAAUCCCCAAAAAGAAAACUCCCAUCAGAGUGGCUAAUUAUAGACCCAUAAGCUUGUGUAAUGUAGUUUACAAAUUAGUUGCUAAAGUUCUUGCAAAUAGGCUGAAAAUGGUGCUAAAUGAUAUUAUUGGGGAAACUCAAAGUGCGUUUGUACCGGGGCAUCUAAUUAUUGAUAAUGUUUUGAUAGCCUAUGAGAUCAUGCAUUUCUUGAAGCUGAAGAAAAAAGGAAAAAAAGGUUUUAUGUCGUUGAAGUUAGAUAUGAGCAAAGCAUAUGAUAGGGUCGAGUGGGGUUUUCUGAAAACUAUUAUGGAGGUUGAGAUAGAGGAGAAUAGAAGAGUUCAAGCCCUUUUGGAGCAGUAUGAAGCUGUUUCUGACUGUGGGACUUUGGAAGGAUAUUCAGAAAAAAUUGUUUUGUGUGAUGGGAAUAGGGCUGAUAGGCAAAUUUGGGGUCGUGAAAGGAAUGGGGUGUUUAGUGUUAGAAGCUAUUAUAAGUUUAUAAUGGCUCAGCAGACUUCACAAGUUGCUAAAUCCUCUUCUUCGCGUGUUCAAAGUGUGGUCUGGAAAAACAUUUGGAAAAUGCCGGUGCUUAAUAAGAUCAAAAUAUUUGCAUGGCGUGCUUGUAAUGAUGGAUUUCCUACGAAGGAGAAGUUAUUAGGAAAACAAGGCCCUACCGAUGUGCGAUGUAAUCUGUGUCAUGGUGAACCUGAAGGGCUAUAUCAUGCUUUGGUGUAA